AUGUUAUGCAAAUUUGAAUACCCAACACCGCCGCAUACCCUUAUCUUUUUUAUUCCCUCGCCCAUGUCGCUCAAGCGCCGCCCCGAUGAUGGCAAGACUCCAGACGACAAGCGGAGGAAGCCGCCUCCUUUCUCCAGUGUGGUGCGUGACGUGAUGAGAUUGCAAUCACUCGGACAUUUGCUGGAGCCAAUUCUAGAGCCAUUGGUUCGUAAAGUGGUUAAGGAAGAAGUUGAAGCAGCCCUAAAGAGGCAUUUAACCAGCAUGAAACAGACCUGUGGAAAGGAGUUGCAUACUACCGAAUUAAGAAAUUUGCAGCUGCAGUUUGAAAACAGCAUUUCUCUGCCUGUCUUUACUGGUGGUCGGAUUGAAGGAGAGGAUGGUUCCAACCUAAGAAUAAGUUUAGUUGAUGGCAAAACAGGGGAGGUUGUCUGUACAGGACCUGAAUCGUUGGCUAAGGUGGAAAUUGUAGUCCUUGAGGGUGAUUUUGAAGAAGAAAGUGAUAUUUGGAUGUCUGAAGAGUUCAAGAGCAAUAUUGUGAGAGAGAGGGAAGGAAAAAAACCCCUUCUUACAGGAGAUGUAAUUUUAUAUCUUAAAGAUGGUGUUGGUAUGGUGGGUGAAAUUUCAUAUACAGAUAAUUCAAGCUGGACAAGGAGCCGCAGGUUCAGGCUUGGGGCAAGAGUUGUGGACAACUUUGAUGGUGUUAGAAUAAGAGAAGCAAAGACAGAAUCAUUUAUUGUCAGAGAUCACAGGGGAGAAUUGUAUAAGAAACACCAUCCUCCUAGUCUGUCUGAUGAAGUUUGGAGAUUGGAGAAGAUAGGCAAGGAUGGAGCUUUCCACAAGCGUUUGAGUCGGGAAAAGAUCCUUACUGUUGGGGAGUUUCUCACACUUCUCAAUCUGGAUUCAGCAAAGCUUCGCAGUAUACUGGGCACUGGGAUGUCUGCAAAGAUGUGGGAAGUAACUGUGGAGCAUGCUCGAACAUGUGUACUUGAUACAAGUAGACACGUGUACUUCCCUUCUAAUUCUCAAGAACAUGGUGUGGUCUUCAAUGCUGUGGGUGAAGUGACUGGACUCCUUUCUGAAUGCGAGUAUGUCACAGUAGAUAAGCUGUCUGAAACUGAAAAGGUUGAGGCUCAAAACACAGUUGCUACUGCAUUAAGACAAGGGGAGAAAUAUGCAACUUUCGAAGAUGAAGAUUCUCUCAUGCUUGGGUCUUCACACUUAACUAACGUACUUCACUCCCCAAGCUCUCCCAAGACCGAGGGAUCUAGUGCCAACAAGCUUUUGGGUCCCCAAAAGUCUGGAGGAUUCAAUUACCCACAAGCAAGUGCCUCUUCUCCGGAUAUCAUGUCAUCCAUUUAUUCUGUUGGUGGAACUAGUAGCUUGGAUGACUAUUGCUUGCCUAAUUUCGACAGCAUGGGCCUUGGAUAUGAUCAGACCCUCAGUUUCCCAGUCCAAGUCUCGAACUCUUUGAUCUGUGACACUGAUUCAAUAGCUCAUGCUUUUAGUAAUGAAGAUCAUCUGCAGUUUUUUGAUAAUGAUCUUCAAUCUCACGUUCAAGCAGAUUUACAGAGUGCUGUUGAUAGCUUCAUGCUGGCACGUUCUACAGCCAAUGGUGGUGCGCAGAGGAGAUGGAGAAAGGUAUGCAACGUCCUAAAAUGGUUCAUGGUUAGGAAACGAGGAAACCAAAUAAAGGUAAGAUUGUGA